AUGUUUGCGGCUCGUCGUCUUACCGCCGGUGUCCCUCGCGCCUUGUCCCAGAGGGCCCUUUUCCACAGCACGGCGCCCGCUUUUGUUCAGAAGGGAGACGCCAUCCCGGACCUGGAUGUCCUGGUUGAGAACUCGCCCGGCAACAAGGUGAACCUCGCCAAGGAACUCAAGGGCAAGGGCGUCAUCAUCGGUGUGCCUGCUGCGUUCAGCCCCGCCUGCUCUAGCACCCACGUUCCUGGAUUCAUCAACCACCCCAAGCUGAAGGAGGCCGGCCAGGUCUUCGUUGUUGCAGUCAACGACCCUUUCGUCACCAAGGCUUGGGCUACCUCCCUUGACCCCGAGGGCAAGAGCGGCAUUCGCUUCUUGGGCGACCCCAGUGGCAAGUUCUCCGAGGCCCUAGAUGUGACCUUCGACAGCGCUUCCAUCUUUGGAAACAACCGCAGCAAGCGUUACGCCCUCCUUGUCGAGAACGGCAAGGUCAAGGAGGCUUUCGUGGAGCCCGACAACAUCGGUCUUGACGUCUCUGCGGCCGAGAAGGUCUUGGCCUAA